AUGGGCCUUGGGGCCUUCAGAGGUACCAGAAAAACAAGGAGCAAAUCUGCUUUUCUCCACAUUUUUAAAAAGCUUCCUGACAUUUUAAAAACUACUUUGCUAGUGCAGCCAACAAGUACAAAACUCAGAUAUUUUGAACCAUGGAAAAUUCUUGUCAUCCUUCUGGCCAGCACAAUUGCAGCAGCAAUCAUCGUCGGAUUCCUGACUUAUUUUUCACGAUAUGGUAUUAGAGAUCAAAGGCUAUCAUAUUACAAGGGCAACUUUAAAAUCACGGGUUUGCAAUACAGUGGUGCUUUUUCUCGUCAGACUUCAGACCAGUUUAGAGAUUUAGGAAAUUGGAUUGAAAAACUGAUGUAUGAGACAUUUCACAAUUCUGUUUUAAGACAUAAAUAUAGAGGUUCACGACUUGUCAAAGUGAGGUACGUAAAACCAUUAUUCGGAGACAUGCCAGAAACUUUAAGUUCAUUCUUCUAAAACAAUUUGUGUACUUAUGUGUAUGUAUGCAGCUUGUUCAAGGUACAUAUUUUCUACAUGCCUUACCACAAUUUUCUUGUUGAUGUGCAAAAUAAUUUUUCAUUUUCCUUUGUAAGAUGGUCCCUUUGGUAACUUAAUAUGACCUGUCUGAAUCAUCCACUUUUAUGUAUUUAUUUUGUUUGUCAUCCAUCCUUGAAGGCUUUGGGAAACAAUAAUAAAAUUGUGAUCAAAAUUACCAUAAAAUAAAGUGUAACCUUCACAAAAUUAUUGAAUACCUUCCCCCGAAAUAGAUAUAAUUAACAAUAUGAAAAUAUACACCACAGUAUUUUGUUAACCUUUAGGUACAUAGUGAAAUGUAUUCAAGUAUGUGGUGAACUGUUUGCAGUAUCCAUGCUGCUGUUUUUGUGACCAUUACCUUUUGUAGAUUCUAAUGCUUAGGAGAGUCAGUGUGUUCUCAUAUGGUGCAGUUAAAAUUAAGGGAUAUUGGAGAGUCUUUAAAAAAAUAAAACAUCAUUUGAAUUACUUCACAAAUUGAAAGGAUGUUCACAAUAACUUAAAAAGAUAAAUUCACAGUAUUUUCCACUAUGAAAUAGGACACUGGUUCUUAAUUCACACUUAAUAACACAAAUCAUUAUGAUCUUUAUUCUUUAUAAAGUAGUGCUAAAAGAUAUAUAUUUUCUUUUUUUAUAUAGAAAUUUAAAGAUGUUAUUUUCCUGACAGUAUCUAUCUAUUUUUUUUUAAAGUGGCCAAGUGUGCAAUACAGUGACAACUCUGUAUUCAAGCAUUGAUAAAUACAAAAUAUGUUAACAAAUGCAUGCCUAUAUAUGUUUAUAGCAAGGGUGGGAUUCAGCCGGUUUGGACCGGUUCAGUAGAACCAGUAGCUAAUUUCUUUUGAGUUCAGAGAACUGGUUGAUGUGUAGCAGAAACACCACUCCUCCCGCCCCCAAUCAGACUCGUGCAACACCUUCUUUCCAGCUCUGAAGUGGUCC